AUGAGCCUGAGAGUGCUUGUGGACGAUGACACAACCUGUUUGAGGAUUUUGAAGCAGAUGCUUCGGAGAUGCUUGUAUCUUGGUAAGUUCAUCUUACUUAAAGAUGAUACUUGUAGUAGUUAUGGAUCUUGCAAGGGAGAUACUGCAACAACGGAUCAGUUUCCUGCUGGUCUGAGAGUGCUUGUUGUAGACGAUGACACAACCAGUUUGAGGAUUUUGGAGCAGAUGCUACGGAGAUGCAAGUAUCUUGUUACAACUUGCUCCCAGGUUACUAUUGCUUUAAACUUAGUUUGGGAAGGAAAAGGUUAUUUUGAUGUGAUAAUAAGUGAUGUUUAUAUACCUGAUAUGGAUGGAUUUAAGCUUCUUGAAAAAGUUGGGCUAGAGAUGGACUUACCUGUUGUUAUGAUGUCUUCUGUAAGGAAAAAGUGGAAUGAGAAUAAAGAAGAUGAACAAUCUGGUUGUGAAGAUGAGGGUGAAUUGGAAAAUGAUGAAGAUGAUGAAGAUGACCCGGGUACAUCAAAGAAACCCCGUGUAGUGUGGUCGGUGGAACUGCAUCAGAAAUUUGUCUGUGCUGUGAAUCAGCUUGGAAUUGAUAAGGCUGUUCCCAAGAGAAUUCUUGAAUUGAUGAGUGUUCCAGGUUUAACUAGAGAAAAUAUUGCAAUCCAUUUGCAGAAAUACAGACUAUGUUUAAAGAGGAUAAGUGGAGUAGCUCAGCAACAAGGGGGGAUUUCCAAUUCAUUCUGUGGGCCUGUGGAAUCAAAUGCAAAACUUGGUUCCUCUGUUCCUUCUGGUCAAUUUUGGGGGGCUAAACAUUCAGAACAAUAA